AUGAGCGGACCUACUAUGAGCGCUGCGGCGGCCGGAGAGCCGCAGGUGGACUCUCUCACGUCGUUCGCCUCUGUCGCGGGGCUCGUUGCCAACAAAAUUGUCGUCGUUCACCCGAUCGUCCUCCUCUCCGUCGUGGAUCACUACAACCGCGUUGCCCGAGGCACGAGUCGCCGAGUGGUAGGCACGCUGCUGGGCGAGGUCUCCAACGGCGAAGUCCACGUAACCAACAGCUUCGCGCUCCCUUUCGAAGAAGACCCUAAAGAUCCAAAUGUCUGGUUCCUUGACCGAAACUACCAUGAGCACCUCUUCCACAUGUUCAAAAAGGUCAACACACGCGAGAAGAUCCUCGGGUGGUAUAGUACAGGCCCGCAGGUUCGCAUGACCGACCUCGAGAUCCACGAAAUCUUCAGGCGCUACACGCCGAACCCCGUCUACGUGAUUGUCGAUAUCAACCCCAAGGAUUCGGUAGUCCCUACGAAGGCGUACUACUCCUUCGAACAGCCGACGAGCGACCGCGAGUUUCGACGCACGUUCGUGCAUGUGUCCUCGACAAUUGGCGCCUUGGAAGCGGAGGAAGUCGGCGUUGAGCAUCUGCUCAGGGACUUGAAGAACGCGUCGACAUCCACUCUUGCGACACGAGUGGCAGACAAGCUCUCGGCGUUGAAGCUGUUGAUCGGCAAGAUCCAGGAAAUCUACGCGUAUCUGCAGGAUGCCGCAAACAAGAAAAUCGUGGCAAAUCCGAGCAUCAUGUACACCAUCCAGGACAUCUUCAACUUGCUUCCCGACUUGGGCAACCCCGAACUCAUCGAGGCCUUUGCCAUCCAGGCCAACGACACGAUGCUGGCGCUUUACCUCGGCAGCGUGGUGCGUUCGGUGCUAGCUCUCCACAACCUCAUCAACAAUAAAGUCGAAAACAAGCGCGCCAGCGAGGCGAAAAAGGAAAAGGAAGACGAAGAGGCGGAAGACAAGAAGGAGGCCAACGGGGACGCGAAGAAAGCCGACAAGGCAGGCGCGAACUAA